AUGGGUUGGAAUUGGAAUUGUAAGUGGAAUGACAUCAUCAUAUUUAAUUGUUGCAUGGCCGAAUAAGGAUGGAACAGUUACUCUCUCUCAACGUCAAACGACAUCUUAUAGUGAACCAAAAGUUACGGAAUAUCAAAACGACCUUAUUAAUAUGACAACUACAACUAAUGGUGAUGGGAAAUUAGAAGUCAAUUUUAAACGUCUCGUAAAAGUAACCACGAAUACUAUUCCUAAUAAUGGAGAUUUCGUAUGGGCAAUUAGUAAUACUCCAGUAGAUAAUUCUGAUCCUAGUGCAACUAUUAAGAUUCAUUCAAAAAAAGGGGUUAUAAAAAUGAAUUUGGCUGAAGGUGAUACUUCUUCAAACUUAACUC